AUUGUCCCAGUCAGACAGGUAAACACUAGGCUAGCCUACAGGCCAAGGCAGCUGCAGUAGUAUGUAUAUGUUUACUGAUCAUCUCUCAGGUAAUUUGUCCACGAUGCAGUACCGUAGCACUCUUCGGAGUAGGGAGUGGGAAGAGAAAAAAAAAGUAGAGAGGGUGUUGUGUGUGUAUAGAUGCACACUUGCUGUAAAGGGACGUCAUAGCCGAUCACACAGACGAACAGGGCUAACGUUACCAAAACAUGGCGAUGAAAUAGUUUAUGGACUAUAUAUCGGGAAAUUACUUGGAUGGUAUCAACUAUACUCUUAACUAAAGUAUAUAUUUAGAAGUACGAACCAGCUCAAAUUCGUACAAUUGGAUCCGUACAGAAACUGAUUUUUUUCACCGUCGGUACAGGCAGUGCAAGGCGCGAUCUGUGUCAACGCGAAAGGAGUGAAAGUUUGUGUUCAGAUAUCGAAUGUCGGACAUUCGACGUAGCUAGCUGGUUACAUAUGAUAUACUGACCGCGCCAUUUGCUUGCUACGUCAUUUGUGGAACAUUAAGUCUCUGCAGGACGCGAAUUACGGCCAGCUAGAAUGCAAGCUUAUUCAAAAUAAAUCUUAUUUUUGAUUUGUGCGUGGGUAGCUAGCUAGAUAACGUUAACAGCUCUGCUGCAGACCACCUUCGUAUUAUUGCGCUGUUAUUAUUUAGCCAACAGCUAACUACCUAGCCAGGUAACUUAGCUAGCUACUUAUUCUAACUUUUGUUUAAUCUCACAAACAUAAUUGUAUCGUGUAGUUAAACAUUCAAAGUAUAUGUAGACGACCACUUCGUUCGAAUUGUCAUGCAACAUAUACGUAUUAAUAUUGCCAAAAUGAACGCAUAGAGUGCAGCACAAUAUUGGGUCUCUAACGCAAUGGGACUAGCUUGCUAGCUAACUGCAUUUCGCCUUGCCGUUUUUGCGUCUGGUUGUUUAUGUUAGCAAGUCGAGUCUCAUAAGGUUCCCCCAUAUCUGUCUGAGCGGGACCUGACAGUGCAGGACACAGCUAAAUUAAACAUUGGGCCACCUGGAUUUUCUACCGGCUGCUACUUUUUUUUACUAAUUUACUACUUUUGCCAGUAUGUCCGAAAACGCCCCCACACGAAGCUUGGAUGACAUCGACCUCGCAGCUUUGAGGGACCCAGCAGGGAUCUUUGAGCUGGUGGAGGUCGUUGGCAAUGGGACCUAUGGACAGGUGUACAAGGGGCGUCAUGUUAAGACGGGCCAGCUGGCUGCCAUCAAGGUAAUGGACGUGACAGAGGAAGAAGAGGAAGAGAUCAAGGCUGAGAUCAACAUGCUGAAGAAGUACAGCCAUCACCGCAAUAUUGCCACCUACUACGGAGCUUUCGUCAAGAAGAGCCCACCUGGACAUGAUGACCAUCUCUGGCUGGUGAUGGAGUUCUGUGGGGCGGGCUCCGUGACAGACCUAGUGAAGAACACCAAGGGUAACUCUCUGAAGGAGGACUGGAUCGCUUACAUCUGCAGAGAAAUCCUCAGGGGCCUCUCGCACCUCCACCAACACAAGGUCAUCCACAGAGACAUCAAGGGACAGAACGUGCUGCUGACAGAGAACGCAGAGGUCAAACUCGUGGACUUUGGGGUGAGUGCUCAGCUGGACAGGACUGUGGGGCGCAGGAACACCUUCAUCGGUACGCCUUAUUGGAUGGCCCCUGAGGUCAUCGCCUGUGACGAGAACCCUGACUCCACCUAUGACUACAGGAGUGAUAUCUGGUCCCUGGGGAUCACAGCCAUAGAGACGGCAGAGGGAGCUCCUCCUCUGUGUGAUAUGCACCCWAUGAGAGCUCUGUUCCUCAUCCCGAGGAACCCCCCUCCCAAACUCAAGUCCAAGAAGUGGUCUAAGAAGUUUAUAGAUUUUAUUGAGGGCUGCCUGGUGAAGACGUACACCAGCCGGCCGUCCACAGAGCAGCUCCUGAAGCACUCGUUCAUCCGGGACCAGCCCACAGAGCGCCAAGUCCGCAUCCAGCUCAAAGACCACAUUGACCGCACACGCAAGAAGAGGGGAGAGAAGGAGGAGACAGAGUAUGAGUACAGUGGCAGUGAUGAGGAGGAUGAGAACCGUGGGGAAGACGGAGAGUCCAGUACCUCCAUCCUGAAUGUGCCUGGUGAGUCGACGUUGAGGCGGGACUUCCUGCGUCUGCAGCAGGAGAACAAGGAGCGAUCGGAGGCUCUGAAGAGACAGCAGGCCCAACUGGCCGCCCAGCGCCGAGACCCAGAGGAACACAAGAGACAGCUGCUGCACGACCGACAGAAACGCAUCGAGGAGCAGAAAGAACAGCGUCGCCGCCUGGAAGAGCAACAGAGAAAAGAGCGAGAGAUGGUGAGACAGCAAGAAAAGGGCCCCCAUCGGAGACUUGACGAUAUAAGGAGGGAGGAGGAUAGGAGGCUGGCCGAGAGGGAGCAGGAGUUCAUAAGACAUAAGUUAGAGGAGGAACAGCGGCAGUUAGAAAUCCUUCAGCAGCAGCUGCUUCAGGAGCAGGCACUGCUCAUGGAGUACAAGCGUAAGCAGCUGGAGGAGCAGAGACAGUCUGAGCGUCUGCAGAGGCAGCUGCAGCAGGAGCAUGCCUACCUGGUGUCCCUGCAGCAGCAGCAACAGGACAAGAAGCCCCAGCCYCUCUACCACUACAGCAAGAACGUGGAGCCCAACAAUAAGCCUGCAUGGGCCCGAGAGGUGGAGGAGCGCAGUAAGCUCAACAGGCAGGGCUCCCCCAAAAUCUGCAACACUGUCUCUGACACUGCCAUCCAAUCACGCUCUGACUCCAUCAGCCAAUCCGGAGGGGGCCAGGCUGCUCAGACCCCGCCUAUGCAGCGGCCUGUUGAGCCUCAGGGGGGACAGGGCAAGUUCCAGAUGGCCCACUUGGUCCCGCUGAAGCCCUACGCUGCCCCUGUCCCCCGCUCCCAGUCCCUGUGUGACCAGCCCACUAAGACCAUGUCCGCCUUCCCCACCCAGGAUCCCUCCCCCACCCCCCGCCCCGUCCACUCCAGGGAGCUGGUCCGACAGAACUCUGAUCCCACCUCCGAGAGCCCCGCCCCACAGCCUCGCAAAAGGGAGGACCGCGGCCCCUGGAUUCGCCUGCCAGAGAUCGAACAGCCGCCCAAGAUUCCCCAGAGGACCGCCUCCAUUGCCACAGCUCUCAACACCAACCUAUCGUCUGGCAUCAGGCAUCCAGUCAGAGCCAGCAACCCAGACCUCAGCCGCAACGACCGCUGGGAGAGAGGAGAUAGCAUGAACCACGUAUCCAAUCUACCCCAGACUGGCUCUCUGGAGAGGCACCGGAUACUCAGCUCCUCCAAAAUAGACUCCCCCAUACUAGGCCAUGAUGGGCGCAUGACGGGGCACAAGCCAGGGGAGUCUCGCACGUCGUCCCGCCCCAGUCGCCCUGCUAGUUACAAGAGAGCUAUAGGAGAGGACCAUGGGCUGUAUGCUAAGGAGCGUCCUGAGGAGCAGCCCAGACCUCCGGUGAAGGCCAAUGACUACUCCUCAUCCUCAGAAGGCAGUGAGAGCAGUGAGGAGAGUGAGAGUGGAGAGGGGAAUGAGGAGGAGGACAGCCCUACAGACCGUCCCCGGGAUGCCGACACUGACUCGGUCAACACCAUGGUGGUUCAUGAGGAGGAGGAGGGCGAGGGAGGGGAGGARGGGCAGGCUGGAGGCUACAGGGACCAGACCAUGCUGGUGCAGAGGACACCAGAGAAGCGGAGCCACAAUGGAUACACCAACCUGCCUGAUGUGGUGCAGCCCUCCCACUCCCCCACUGACUCCGCCUCCCACUCCUCCCCUGGGAAAGACUCUGUUUAUGAUUAUCAGUCCAGGGGUCUAGUCAAGGCGUCAAGUGGCAAGUCCUCCUUCACCACCUUUGUUGACCUGGGCAUGUACCAACCACCAGGUGACACUGCGGAUGCCAUCUCUGUGGGCAGCCUGGGCUCCAGGUUUGAGCAGCUGAAGAUGGAGGUGAGGAAAGGCUCCAUGGUGAACGUGAACCCCACCAACACACGCCCCCACAGCGACACCCCCGAGAUCCGCAAGUACAAGAAGAGGUUCAACUCUGAGAUCCUCUGUGCUGCUCUCUGGGGUGUGAACCUGCUGGUGGGGACAGAGAACGGUCUGAAGCUGCUGGACCGUAGUGGUCAGGGGAAGGUCUACCCCCUCAUCAAUUCGCGCAGGUUUCAACAAAUGGAUGUUCUGGAGGGACUGAACCUGCUCAUCACCAUAUCAGGUAAGAAGAACAAGGUGCGUGUGUACUACCUGGCCUGGCUGAGAAACAAGAUCCUCCACAAUGACCCGGAGGUUGAGAAGAAGCAGGGCUGGACCACUGUAGGGGAGAUGGAGGGAUGUGUCCACUACAAAGUGGUGAAAUAUGAGAGGAUCAAGUUCCUGGUGAUAGCUAUGAAGAAUGCGGUGGAGGUAUAUGCCUGGGCUCCCAAGCCUUAUCACAAAUUCAUGGCCUUCAAGUCCUUUGGUGACCUGCCCCACAGGCCCCAGUUGGUAGACCUCACAGUGGAGGAAGGUCAGAGGUUGAAAGUCAUCUAUGGCUCCAUUGCUGGCUUCCACGCCAUCGACGUUGACUCUGGGAACAACUAUGACAUCUACAUCCCAGUGCAUAUCCAGUGCCAGAUCAUGCCCCAUGCCAUCGUGUUCCUGCCCAGCUCGGACGGCAUGGAGAUGCUGCUGUGCUACGAGGACGAGGGCGUCUAUGUAAACACCUACGGACGCAUCAUCAAAGAUGUGGUGCUUCAGUGGGGCGAGAUGCCCACCUCCGUUGCCCAUAUCUGCUCUAACCAGAUCAUGGGCUGGGGAGAGAAGGCCAUAGAGAUCCGUGCUGUAGAGACGGGCCACUUGGACGGAGUCUUCAUGCACAAGAGAGCCCAGAGGCUCAAGUUCCUCUGUGAGAGGAAUGACAAGGUGUUCUUUGCUUCGGUGCGCUCCGGGGGCAGCAGCCAGGUCUACUUCAUGACCCUGAACAGGAACUGCAUCAUGAACUGGUGAAACAACAUCGUCCCAUACAAYUAUGUCCCGUAGUCAGUGUAUGGAAACCACCAGGCCAAGCUAUUGACACUCAAACCCCCACCCACCCCCCACGCCCCACUUACAAGGACACACCACACAGUCAGACUCAACACAAACACAACACACACAUACAGCACACACAAGCCUACUGUAAAUCCAUUCCAGCCUAAAGUCUUCACGACAAAGUCUAUCUCACCUGCCACCUGCUGACUCCCCUAAACUGAUUAAGCUUCCUCUGAAAUGGUAGCUAACUAUGAGACAUCACCACAGGAUUCUCAUGUAAUAUCAUCUCUACUCUACUGUGUAUAUACUUGUCCUGUAUUAUUGUACCUCAGUCACUUGGUGGACCUGUGUUUAGUCGUAACUACUGUAGUUAGUUCCUUCUUAUUGGAGGUAUGUUAAAAACAUUCCUUACUGGUGAAAUACAUUUGGAAGAAGGCAAGAUUGAACCAAUAUAAGUCAAGAUUGAAUUGUAAAUAGCCAGUAUCUAACAUGUUCACAUGGAAGAGAACAUGGGUAGAUUGAAGUCACUGGCAGACUUGUAUAUUACACCUCCAUUUGGGAAGUUACCAUGGACCUGAUAUAUACUGUACUGGCACACCCUAGAGGUUUGAAGUAUUGUUGCAACACUUCACCAUAGAAGCUCACUCACUAUGCUAAGCUUCUGAUUCCCUAUGACAUCAUUAUUCAACUCAUUGUUUAAAAAUAAGAAGUGUUGUUUGAUUAAAACUUGAUUUAAUGUUUCUUAUUUUGAUGUUUUUUGGGAUGUAGGUUUAAAAAACCUCAUCGGAAGAUGGACUAUCUAUGAUGUGAACAUAGUAUUGUUCUAUUCCUUAGUAAAUCCAGAGAAGUUAAAUAGAACACACUGCUGUGCUCAAGCUAUA